CGUGAUUUUCUGUGUUUUUUAUUAUUGGAUAGAUUACUUUAUUUACUGUAAAUUCAUUGGAUAAUACAACAAAUAUGACAAUUGAUUGGUCAAUAUAACGCAUGGUACAACUCACUGACAGACAAACAAUGACUUUUGUUGAUUUGUUAUGCUUGACAUCUAAGCGUGACAUGCUGGAUGAACAGAACGGACAGAUUUAUCAGCCAUCUCGUUUCUACUCUUGACGUAAAUUGACACAAAAAUUGUCAAAAUACCGUAUAAAAACAUAAUUGCCUUUUACUCCAUUGUUUCUUUUGUGUUUUUCCCGUGUUCCCCAGGUCACCUAAUUCUAUUUUUUAUGAUCGGUCGUCGCCAGUUGAACGUAACGCACACCUGUGCUAACAAUCCUCAUAAGAGAAUCUCAUAUGAUGCGAAUAUAAUAGUGGUGUGGGUGUAGUGUAGAGUGAAUUACACCCUCCAUGCUAUAAUCUAUGGUACAAUGAGCGAGGAGGCUGAGCAGGAUGCGAGCAAGAAGGUUGCAUCCAGUGUCGAGGAGGAUGCCUCCCCAGGGGCGGAGUGCGGGGGAGGUCACGUGGAUGUCUCCACUAAUGUGUCACAAGCACAGCUUGGACAGAUGACAGCAAGCUCGCUGCCUGCAGCAGAGAGCCCUAACAACGCCAAGUGGUCCUGUGAGGUGUGCACAUAUGAAAACUUCCCCCUCUCUCGCAAGUGCACCAUGUGCCGCAGCGCGAAACCCCUGCUCAAUGAAGAUAUAUUGAAGCUGCAAGAUGGCGCCAGCGCGCUCCCCGUGCAGGAAGUGUGCAGUGCGGAGGGCGCGGCGGAGAGGAUGAAGUGUUUACGAAUCUCGUCUCCCGGGCAGCCCGGCGCCUCCUCGGCCAACAAGUGGUCCUGUCCGGUGUGCACUUACGAGAACUGGCCGAAGUCCCAGAAGUGCGCGAUGUGCGGCGCCGGCGGCCCCGCGCCCGUACAACAUUCGCAGCUCGGUAUAAACGAGAUCUGUAACGGUCAGAACCAAAACGCGAUGCAGGAAGAAGCCGGGAAGAGAUCCAAGCGGCGAACUAACAACGUCGACUGGCUGUGGCUACAGGCUUGUUUGGGCGUGGUGGAAGGCUCCGUGUGCAGCGUGGAGGCCUACCUCCGAGCCGGAGGAGAUCCAGCCAGAGCUCUGAGUGUGAGCGAAGUGAACAUCCUCAACCGCGCCUCCGCCUUCGACGCCGGCCACACGCUCGUGCACCUCGCCAUACGGUUUCACAGGCAGGACAUCUUAUCCACCCUGCUAUCUCGGAUAUCAGGCGGCGGGCCCGGGCUCAAGCGAUCUCCUUCCUACGUUGCUCCGGACUUGGCCGCAGCGAUCCGCCGCCACAUGGCGAGCUGCAUCCGAGUGAAGAAGGGCAGCUUCCCGUGCCGCUACAUCAACGAGUUCUGCACGUUCUCCCUGCCCGCAGAAAUCGAGGAGUUACCGGCGGCUAUCCAAGAGCAAUUAUUCUCGGAGCUGCUAGAUCGGGAGGUUCAACACACGCUGGAGACGGACUUGCUCAUCAACUGGAGUCACGAGCUCACCGUCACUCUUGGGUCGCGGCUGUACGCGCUGUGGAACCGGUCGGCGGGCGACUGCCUGCCGGACGCGCUGAGCCAGGCGGCGUACGGCGUGGCCGACCGCCACAACGCGCUGCGCGCCGCGCUCGCCGACUCGCUCGCGCACGCGCACCGCAGCUUCUACGCGCGCUGGCAGGCGUGGGAGCGCGCGCAGGCGGCGCGGCUGCAGUACGCGCCGUCGGAGGCGCAGCUGCGCGCGGAGUGGGCGCGCCAGCUGGCGGCGGCGGCGCGGCCGGGCGCGGCGCUGCUGCAGCUGCACGUGUUCGCGCUGGCGCACGUGCUGCGCCGCCCGCUGCUGGUCUACGGCGUCGAGCGCGUCCACUCCUUCCGCGGCGAGCCGCUCGGCUUCGCCGGCUUCCAAGGUAUCUACUUACCAUUGUUGUGGGACCCCGAGUUCUGCGUGAAGUCCCCUCUCUGCCUCGGGUACACGCGCGGCCACUUCUCCGCGCUCGUGGCCGACCACAAGCUCACGUACAUCUGCAGGGAGCAACAAGAAGACAACGAGGAAUGCAUAUACCUGCCGCUGACGGACUCGGACGGGAAGCUGUUACCUGUGCAUUUUCUCACUUGUGACGAGAUGGCGGACGAGGAGGGCAUGGUGCGGCGCUUCAUGUCGCUGGUGGUGACGGGCGGCGGCGCGCUGGCGGCGCGCCAGCAGCUGCCCGCGCCCGCGCUGCUGCAGGCGCAGAUGCUGCAGGAGUGGCUCAACCACUACCGCCGCGCCGCCCAACAAGCCCGGGGCCCGUUUCCCCCGCGACUGCGAACCGCCGAGGGAUUUUCCAGCGACGCGGACACGGACGACGAGUGAUACACGCUGUAUAUAUAUAUACAUACAGACUUACACCACACACAAAUAAUUUUAGUUUCUCAGGAAGAGGAAAAGAUAUAUGGAAGUGAAAUGAAAUGAAAAAAAGAUUAGUAAUACACCCUGUGUACAUACAUACAGACUGACACCGCACACACACAUGCACGAUGGAUUCACUCUCAAGAAGUAGAGUGAAAUACCAUGUUUACAUACACACGCAGACCUACACCACACGCACACAUAAUUUCUCAGUGAUAAAAAAGAAGUUAACGGCAAAAGAAUUUGCUAAAAGAGAAAUAUAGUGAAAUAACCAAAAGAGGAACAAUACAUUUUGUAUAUGCACAUACAUACAUAUAAUAAAUUUCUAAGUAAUAAAGACAUAUCCCACACAGGGAGCAGCAAGCAUACCAGUGAAAAUGAAGUGCAAAAGUGAUUCCCAGAUACUUUAAUGUAUCAUUUGAAUCGGUCGUUUUACUUUUUUAGCUGCAAAGAAUGAAAUUAGACAAAAUUAAUUGAAAUGUAUGUACAUGUAAAACGUGAUAUGUAAUAGAAGAAACAAGUGUGUGGUGUAAUAUUCAGGCGAAACCGGGUCAGGUCGCUAGUACAAAAUGAUAUUUCUGGCCGCCGUUGGAAAGCUAAAGUGCAAUAAUAUGAUAAAGCGAUGUUUAUUUUCUCAUAAGAAACUACAAGUGUACAAUGACGUGCGACAGUGAGACUACUGCACGAUUUGUUUUUAUUAAGACUCACCUCUGAGCGUUCAGUAAUUUUCAUAUAAUGUAACUUUCCCUUGAAACAAAUUCGUAUGAAAAUUUACGCUUAAAAGUGACUCUAAAACACGUCUAAAAUGACUAAUAAGAGCCUUAACACGAUUGUAAUAAGGUCCAAUUUGCUAGCGAAUGUUUUUAGGCAUACUUUUGGGUGUGUAUUUUGUUUCGCGUAGACAAUAAUUUGCCCUCUGUUUCGGUGAGGGUUUGUCGUUGGUGUGAAUGGGUCGUUUUUGAUGCUAUUUUUAUGAAUGAGUAAAUAAAAUAAAUGCUUGUGGUACUUGGCUGAGGGUCGUGCAAGACGUUUUUCAACAUUCUUUGUUAGCAUAAAUAUAUAUUCAGGUUUUGUUAAAGAGUUGGUAAUAUCUUGGUCUGAUUUUAAUUGGUAUCUUGUGAUUCAUUGUUCUUUGUUAUAUGAUUUCCCCUAUCUAAAACAAAUUUGGGAUUGGGGAUGACACGAUAGCUUAAAUUAAAAAUUUUAUAACUCCUUUUCCAUUUGGAAUUUGUUUUAAAAGUGAUGUGAUGGAGUAUAGAUUCCAUCGGAUAUAUGUUGAAAAGAUGCGUCGCACCAACACGACCGGCCAUUACGCUGAAUUUAAUUAGUUUUUAAAUUUUUGGUAAUUCCUAAGCACUAAUAUAUGGUCAGUGCUAACUAGUUAAUACUGUACCUUUUCACUAGUUUUUAUGGCAGCUACCUGAUGUGGUAGACAUUCAAAGACAAAAAAGAAUUAUGCUGAAAAUUUUGAAAACGAAUUCAAACCAAAUGAUGUGGCUUUUAAUUUUGACAAAAGCACAAUUUGGUUUGAAGACAAUUAGGAUAGCGUGUCUUUGUCAGUUUAUAUCCAUUAAUAAAUUACAAAUCAUUAGUUCAAAAUACAUAAUAUAUAAUAGGGUACCGGACAACUUUUCAGAUUGUGUUUAAAAAUAAUCUUUAUUUAUUUAUAUAUCCAUAAAAAAUAUUAUUUUAAAUAAAUAAAUCUUUUGGAGUAUUAAAAAACGUCAAAAACGUAAUUUAUUUAAAAUUGCCGCGAAAACAGCACUUUACGUCAAUUCAGAUCGCGUGACGUCAUAUGUUUGGAAAACAAGCCUUAUUACAAGUGAUCAGUGCUUGGAUAAUUUAAGUAUUUUCUCGCAGAUCUAGAAACAUGCAAAACCCAUAAUAAUGUAACCUUUAAAAUCAUAAAAAAAAACAUAUGUGAAAAUAACUUUGUAAGCAAUGAAACUAGUUUUAUUUUAGGUUAUGUUUUCGUUUGUUAUUUUUUUUAUCAUUUCUGUUGUUAAGAUAAACAAAAAGAGGUUGAAAUACUUACACAAAUGUUUUCACAUUGCGAAAUUCAGCAAAAUAAAAGUCGGUAUUAGUGGCAAAGAAACUGCCGACCAUGAAAAUAUCAAUCUUUUGAGAGAUUUCUAUUGUCGGCUUUAAUUAACCUUGUUCCAUGAUAAAAGCUUGAUAUAGGCGGCUUCAAGCACUUGCGACAACUUCUGUUAUGAGUAAAGUCCUUCAAUUCUUAACUAAUUACAAUUAAAUAUUUUUAGAAAAAUGCUAAAAAUCGUAGAAUAACUCGAAAUAACAUACAAAGCAGUGUUGUUUACUUAUCACUUCUGAGGUAUGACGUCACCCACUGUGAUUGGUGUUUGGGUUCUUACGCUGCACAGAUAAAAAAUAUUGGAUUUUUGCAACUUUAUUUAUUGAUUUAAAAUUAUAAAUCAUUGUUAUUUCUUAAAAAUCUUUACUAAGUGAUGUUCUUGUAUAAAAAACUUUAUUUUAAAACACAACUUAGAUUUUUUUUCGAUUACUGUCCGGUACCCUAUUGUGUGUAAAAGGGCUAAUAGUUAACUCCUAGGGAACACGAAGACUAAUGCCAUACAAAUCUUGAUGGCCACGAUCGGUUAGGAAAUAAUUUGUAAUUAUAGGUGGGAUGUAUGAACAUUUGACACCCGACCAGCUGGCGAAAUAAAAAAAGUAAAAUACGCAGAGAAGAUAUUGUGCAGAGUCCAAGCUAAUUACAACGCAUACACAAUAAUAAAACGGUAUUAAACUGUCUGUGGCGCUUACAUAGUUUGUAAUAUAAGAAUACUUAUUUUAAAGUAAUGAUAUUACGAGUACAUGAAAAAUGUACCAUUAAAUAUUACUGUGUGAGGAAAAGCUUGGUAUCUAUGUGGUAUCUCCUCUGUGUUCAAAAGUAUAAAUAAAUUUAAUUGAUGCGAUGUCUAAGAGUUACGACGCUGUACAGAGAGUAUAAGGUUCUAAUAUUUAUUAUAGUUUGGUUAAAUGUAAAUAAUACUAAAUUGGUUUGCAAUUCUAGAUGUAUAGGUAUAUCCGCUUAGCGUAGACGACUUCCUUCGCCUUUCGUCUAGAGUUUGAAAAUUCGCAGUUCGCUGUAUAUUUGUAUGUAUUGGAUUGUAACAGUUUUGGAGGCAAUUGUGGGAAAGUCGCAUAAUGAUAUAAUAUCAAUUUAUCUUCUUUAAAUCUUUAUUUUUUUCAUGUUCAAAAGUUGGUGUUUAUCCUUCUACUGACUAUUUUUUAAGUCUUAACUUUGAUUGGCGACGACUGUAAUCAAAGCCCGUCACAGUUGCCUGUAGGAUGAAGAUAAAGACUUAUUACGAAAAUAUUACGAAGAUAAAUUGUGCAAGAAAUAUUUUCCCAGGAAUUAUUGAAAAGGUUCAAUAGUUUGUUUACUUAUGUAAAUAGUGGUCGUUCAUAGAAACACUAUGAGAUAGAUUUGUUUUAACCACGUUACAUUCAAAGUAUAUACUUAAAUACCUACUAAUUUUAAUCAAUAAAGCACUUAUUUUAUGAAGCUGUUCGA